AUCCUUUCCUUUCCUUCUAGUCUUUUAGAACUUUAUCAAACAAAGUUACAUUGACUCAACCAAAUCGUAGUUGAUUCCAUCAAAAAGCAAAAUGAACAAGAAAAUUCUUUUACAUUGAAUCCAUCGGAAAAAAAAGAAAACUUCUAUGUUAGCAGUUUCAUCAGGGGACCACAAGAAUAAAUUAUCAAAUGAAAUGAAACAAUUUUUACAUAUAUAAAUAAAUAAAUACAAAACCCAAAAUAUUCUCAAUUAUCAAAGAAUAAAUAUUUUAUUGUAUUCCCCUAUCCGUGAGAACAAAAAAAACAGUUGAAGUUGAAGCUAGAUUUGAUCAGAGAGAAUUUUUUAUAGCACAUUGAUUUGUUAGUAACCAUGGCUAUGGUUCUAGAUGCAGUGAUUGGAAAAGUAGUGGAUGAACUAUUGAGUUCAGUUGUUGAAAUGAAGAACAAAGCUUUGAAGUUCAAAUCAUCUCUAGAAAGAUUAGAAAAGACUCUCCAGUCAUUAGCACCAUUGAUCAAUCAAAUAGAUGAACUCAACAAGAAACUGGAUCGACCGGCUAAAGAAACCGAGAGACUAAUCAAGCAGAUGAAAGACGGGAAAGAACUAGUCCUUAAAUGUUCUGAUCAGGACAAAUUCCAGUGGUGGAAUUGUUGUUACAAGAAGGCGGAGUAUCAAGAACAGCUUGAAGAGUUGGAUGGUGAGAUUAAAAGAUUCUUUGAGCUUGAUUUGAGAGCUCAAGAUGCGAGGAACGGGUUGGAAGCGCUUUUGGAGAUUAAAGAGUUUCGAGCUGAGUUUAGAAGUGUUGGUUUGAGGAAUGAGAGGAUUGAAUUGAGAGGUGUUUGUUUUCCACCUCAACCGCCGGGUUUUAUUGUUGGGUUGGAUGGUCCUUUGAAUGAGUUGAAGAUGAGGUUGUUGAAGGAUGAGGUUAGUGUUUCUGUUGUUACGGUUACUGGUUCUGGUGGUUCGGGGAAAUCUACUUUGGCGAAAAGGUUUUGUUGGGAUGAACAAGUAAAAGGUAAAUUCAAGGAAAAUAUCUUCUUCAUUACAUUUGCAAAAACACCAAAGCUGAAUGCUAUGGUGCAGAAACUGUUUCAACACACUGGCUACAAAGCUCUCGAUUUUCAAAGCGAUGAAGACAUGUUUAACCAGUUGGAACAAUUGAUGAAACAAAUCGGGAGAAAUGGCCCGAUAUUGUUGGUCUUAGAUGAUGUUUGGCUAGGAUCGGAGUCACUUGUUGACAACUUUGUGUUUGAGAUUCCUAACUACAAGAUUUUGGUGACAUCAAGAUUUGCAAUUGGAAGAUUCGGACAUCCAUUCGUUUUGAGACCUCUUUCGGAGGCAAAUGCUAUAAACCUGUUUAAGCAUUCAGCUUCCUUAACUAAGAGCAACUCAGAUAUUCCAGAUGAUGUUGUGAAAGAGAUAGUAAGAGGUUGUAGCGGUUCUCCCUUAGCGCUUCGAGUGAGUGGAAGAUCGUUGAGUAACGAACAACAGAUAGUUUGGCUUAACAGGGCUAAGGAAUUAUCAGCAGGUGGUACAAUUCUCGAUUCCAAUACAGAUGUACUUUCUUGUCUCCAAAAGAGCUUAGAUGUAUUGGAUCCCAAGUCCAUGGAGUGUUUUCGGGACUUAGGCUUAUUUCCUGAAGAUCAAAGGAUCCCUGUCGCUGCCCUCAUUGAUAUGUGGGCAGAAAUAAGGAAUGAAGACGACGCAACUGCAAUGGAAAGAAUCUAUAAACUGGUUAAUCUCAACUUAGCUGAUAUUAUUGUCACAAGGAAAGUUGUGAGCGGCACAAUUGACUACAAUUACCAUUAUGUUACGCAACAUGGUCUUCUUCGUGACCUAGCCAUCCGUAAUAACAGCCAAGAGCCUGAGGAUAAAAGGAAUAGGCUCAUAAUUGACACGAGCGCAAAUAAUCUUCCCUCAUGGUGGACUUCAGAGACUGAAUAUCACAUUGCAGCUCGCGUUUUAUCUAUAUCAACUGAUGAGACAUUCCCUUCAAAAUGGUGCAACUUGCAACCAACUGAAGUCGAGGCUUUAGUGUUAAACCUUAGAGAAAAGAAUUGCAUACUUCCAAUGUUCAUGAAGAAAAUGACCAAACUAAAAGUUUUAAUAAUAACAAACUAUGACUUCUAUCAUGCUGAAUUAGAGAAUUUCGAGCUUCUCGAUCAUCUAUCAAGUCUUAGACGAAUCAGAUUAGAGAAAGUCACGAUUCCUUUCCUCGGGAAAACAAUAGUACAACUGAAGAAUCUUCAGAAGUGUUCUUUCUUUAUGUGCAAUGUGAAUGAAGCAUUUAAAACUUGCACUAUCCAAGAUUCAGAAAUUUUUCCGAAUUUGUUGGAGAUGAAUUUCGAUUACUGUGACAUGGUGGAACUACCAAAUGUGAUUUCUUACAUUGUAUCCCUAAAGAAGCUUAGUAUUACAAAUUGUCAUAAGCUUAGAUCACUUCAUGAAGGAAUUGGAAAAUUGGUUAAUUUGGAAUCACUAAGGUUAAGUUCAUGCAGUGAAUUACAAAAGUUGCCAGAUUCAAUCACAAAUAUGCAUAGGCUAAAGUUUCUUGACAUCUCAGGAUGCAUAAACCUUAGUCAGUUGCCUGAGAAUAUAGGUGAGUUGGAGAAACUAGAAAAGGUGAAUAUGAGAGGUUGCUCUAGCAUUAGUGAAUUGCCAUCAUCGGUUAUGGAUCUUGAGGGACUAAUGCAUGUGGUGUGUGAUGAAGAAACUGCUGAAAAAUGGGAACCUUUUAGGACCAUUCUUGGUGAUCUAAGGAUAGAGGUUGUUCAAGAAGAUUUCAAUUUAGAUUUUCUUGAUAAUCAGUAGUAAUGAUGUUUGUAAUAUUAAGGAAGUGAUUGAGAAGUGUGAACUGCUAUUAAGUGGCUGUAGAGAAUUGCAUUUGAUUUUGUUGAUGGUUUAGAAAGAUUGUCUUUUGGCUGAAGUGAUCUGAGUGACAUAUUUUAGUUACAUCUUAUGCAUGAUACAAGAGAUAAGAAAGAGAAAUAAUGAUAUAUAUUUUCUACACAAGAGAUUAAUCAUAUACUAAUACAACAACAAAAACAAUUGAUAUGUCCCUCAAAACAACAUGGUUGACAUGUCCACGCCUCAUAAUGUCUCAUCUUUUCCAAAUAGAUUAUAAAUAAUUAUCAAAUAAAAUUGCAAUCUUAAUGAUUUUAUGAAAUAAUGUAGCAGAGCUUUAAUUAUAUAUUUAAAAGUAUGUAAUGAAGUGUGUGUUUGGUAGCGUGGUGAAUAACCGCUACCUUGCGUUUAAGGGUCAUGGUACCGUGAUUUUCAGAAGCUAAGGGUGUGUUUGGAUUAGCGGUAGACAUAAUUGAUUUUAAUAGAAUUGAGUUUGGUAGAAUUGAUUCUAUCAGAAUUGAGUUUAGCAGAAUUGAUUUAUGUUUGGAUACAUUUAUGUAAAAGUGAGUUGAAUAAUAAAUUUCAGUGUAAAAAACAUCCAGAAUCAAUUCUAGAGGCAGAAACUACAA